ACAUACGAUCAAAUAUACAACAGCACCAACUAUGCGCAAAUACCAGAAUACAGCAUACAGUCAUCUCAUAGUCAUAGUAAUAGAAAUAUUGAUAGAGAGCAAACCAAAGUUAAGGAUCUAGAUUAUAAUGGAAGAGAAGGCAAUAAUAUAAAAAGCAGUCAAUUACUGGUAGGGUUUUCACACGACCCUUACAGAUAUUCUAUACCAGAGGGUGAUUAUAUUAAAGGUGUUAGGAAUAUAGACCCAAAUGCGUUUACAAAUAAAAAUGAAAAUCGCGGUAAACGAGGUGUACUGCACUUGUAUAAUAUGAUAUUCUGCGCGACGGGCUGCGAGCCGCUUGCCUACAAGGGUUACGGUUGCUAUUGCGGUUUCCUCGGCUCUGGUCGACCUACUGAUGGGAUUGAUAAUUGCUGUCGACUCCACGAUGAAUGUUACGAGAACAUCUACUGUCCGUUCUACACGGUGUACUUCCAACCUUAUUACUGGAAGUGUUACCACAACCAGCCGCUCUGUGCGCUAGAAAACUAUCAGACACGGCAUAACGUUAUUAACGGCUGUGCUGCAAGACUCUGCGAAUGUGACAGGAAGUUUGCGAUGUGCGUCAAAAGGUAUUCCUGUCCGAGAGGACGCGCGCUUUGUCACUCUUCGCCAUUACGAUUAUUGCAAAAUUUACUCAUGUUCCGAUAGAGCCAUAUUUAAUGUUACCACUAAUUUUUAUUUUAAUUUGUGAAUAAUGUAACAUUAGUGUAAAUAAAAGUUAUUGCUAAUACAUUUUA